GUUUUACCUCGCUUAAUUCAUAGCGAAGUGCUGCCAAAAUCGUGCCAGAGCACCUUGUCGUCCGAGCUUAUGAUUGCCAAGUUCAAGCUUCCAGCUCGAGAAGUGUAGUAGUUGCUCAAAAAUCAUCCAAGUGUUUCAAUUUAAUAGUUAGAAAUUCAGGGAGAGUUACAAGACUUAGGAGAUGUCUUCCAAACAAAUAGUUAGUAUUGGAGGGAAGGAAGAGGUUCAAAGCCUGAGCUCAAGUGGGGAGAGCGAAACGAGGACUUCUAGAAGUGAAAGAAGUGAAAGAAGUGGAGGUGGGGUGGAGGAGAUAAUUCCUUCUAAUAUUUUAGAAGUGGAUGAUAGUCGAGAGAAGUGCUAUGACGAGGCAGGGGAGAUGAUGGGGGAAGUGGUGGGAUGUGAGGUGUCUUGGAAGGAUAGGAGUGACCUUGUUCACUUGGACCAUUGGAUGCCUUCAUACGGACAUUACCUAGUGGCCGAGCUCAUAUUUCCUAUUUUAGAGUGGUUGGUGGCGUUGCUAAGGGAGUAUGGUCUCGGACUUACGCAACUUGUCGCUAACAUAGUUUGGCUAGUGGUGGGAUUUCUAGUUUAUUGCUGGACCGAAGGUAGGAGUAGGAGCCUUUUUAGCGUAGGUCAUUCCUUAAUCAAGGGGUGGAAAGAUAAAUUUUUCUUUACGGAUGACACGAAGUGGGGAAGGAUGGAUGCGGAGAUGGAGGAGCUUUGUAGGUGGAAGGGAAAGAAGGCUAACCCGAACAAGUACAAGUUGAGUGAGGGGGAGGAGCAGGUAGAGAGGUUGAAGAGGGUGGAGGGAGAGGUGAUGGAUAUUAUGAAUCUCACCAACCCUAAGAUGCUAGAGAUUGACCCAGCUUUACGGGAGGUGGGGGUGGUGACGCAUAGGAAGGGGAAAAACUUUGUUCCCAUUCCAAAGAAGAAGUCUAGCUUCUUUUACUUUUGCAAGACAGCUGCGAAACGUUUCAUGAGCUCCACCUUCCUGGAGGUUGAUUUGCAAAGGGCAAAGGAUGAGAAAGUGAAGGUUCAGAACCCUGCGGUGGACAUGACUAACAUCACCUUUGGACCUCAAGAGACAAGGGUGGAAGAGGAUGAAGAUAGUAAGAUGACUGAGUUUCGACCUGAAAUAAUGUUGAAGUGGGAUCAAGACGAGGCUGGACAGACUAUUUUCCCACUCAAGCUAGAGUACAAGUUCGUUGCUAUUGAUGAGGAGGAGGCUAAGGUGCCCAAGGAUACCAAGGUGUCGGACAACGCCCCAGACCAAGAGGUGGACUAGCAGCAUCAAGUCAUUGAUUAAGCUCGGCUAACUUGUUCUCCCAUUUUUGUAUUCUAGAUUUAGGACUUUGUAAUUGUAUUUUUCUUCUUAAUUAAUAUACUUAAAUUUGAGAA